AUGAAGUGUCCGCGCUACCUAGGUAAGGUCGGACUAUGAAGUUCAAGAAAUUAGUAUUUUGCCCUCAUAUUUUAGUUUUCCUAAACUAAAAUCCCAUUCUAAGCGGGUUUUGCUUUCGGUAUAUAAAACAUAAAAGCUAUUUUUCAAAAUUAAUCCUUUAUGUAAAGAAUAUUAAACUAAAAAAUAAAAAGAAAUACAAUAUAUGGAAAAUUUAAAAGAAGUUUAACAUAAUUGAUAAAUUCCAAAAAGAUUAUUUACUUAUCUUUUGAAUUAGUAAAUUGCAAGUGUUCUACCAACUCAUUGCAAACUGCAUUAUGACUUGUAGAACAGAAUGACUUGUCGAACUACUAGUUACGUUCCAGCGGAAGACAUCCUCUUAUGUCAAAUUUAUAUGGCUGCUUGUGAAGAUCAUAAUAUGGGUGUUCAUCAGCCUGGAAAUCGCUUUUGGUCUCACGUGGCCGAGAAAUACAACAAUUCAACUUCUCUAAAUAUAACUCUUCGUAGCGAUAGAUCGCUGCAAGCACGAGUGCAAGUUAUUGAGAGGGCUGUUCGGAAAUUAAAUGGGUGCAUAAGACAAGUCAAAAAUAUGAAUAUAAGUGGUGCAUCCGAUCAAGACAUUUUAAACCAAGCAAGAAUAUUACUUAUGCAAGAUAGUAAUUACAAAAGGGGUUUCAAAUUCGAUCAUGUGUGGAAUAUGUUGAAAGAUUUCGAAAAGCUUAAAUGUGACGCGUCUACCAGAAAACGAGUUCAUCCGAGGCCAAUUUUGAACUAUGCCCCGGUGGAGUUGGUUGAUCCCUCAUCAGAAUUGAAUAUACCAACAUCUCCAAAGUUGUCUUCAAAACGAGUUCAUCCAAGGCCAAUUUUGAACUAUGCCCCUGUGGAAUUAGUUAAUCCCACACCAAUUUUGAACUAUGCCCCUGUGGAGUUAGUUAAUCCCACGCCAGAGUUGAAAAUACCGACAUCUCCAAAGUUGUCUUCAGUUCCUGUUAAUUUAAAUAAUGACGACGCUGGUGCUUCUUCAUCAGAACGAUCAAUUGGGAUGAAAAAUUCCGAGCUCAGCAAAAAAGUUGAAGAAAAACUUUCUGCUAUUAUCGAGAGCAUUCAAGAAGAGAAUCGACAGCUUGUCGAGCUGCUGAAGAAAACAAGUGCAGACAGACAAGAACAAUUUGAAGUCCAAAGCAAAAUUUUGGCUCUCAAAGAAUAUAAAGAAGAAAAUAAAAUUUUACUGCAUGACUUGAACACUAUCAGCGAUUCUAAAGUUCGUGCUUUUUUUGAAGCUGAAAAAACACGAAUUUUAGAAAAAAGAAAACGAUAAAAACGGUGUGGAUUGAAGAUGGUUCAGUCAUUUGUGCCUUGUGAAUUCUGUUAAUGCCUAUUUCUUAGAUAUCUUCUUCCAAUAUGUUAUCAGGAAUACUUCGACAAGAUUAGGGACGAGCAUAACCUUAUGUACGGUUAAAAACUAACCGAUUUCAAUUAAAAUAAAACUAUUUAAAUUAUUUUA